UUUUUGAUAAUUUUGUAAUGACGAGGGAGCUGGUUAAGCAAAGAUUCGGGGAUGGGGACAUCAGAUAAAUCAGUUAGGAGAACCAUAAAUUUAGGAGAACCAUAACCAGAAACCAUAAAUUGAUUAAUAAAAUUCUUCUAUUUAUUCAAUAACAACAGAUAGAUAUAAUUAUCUCAACUGAAGAAAAUAAAUCUCCAUUAGAUAGAAUUGCCGCUGCUUGCGAUAAACACAAUAGUUUUCUGUCAUGCAUUCGUAAAUGCCAACAUUCUAUAGCUCGACAAAUCAUUGCAGAUGGGCAACAAGCAAUGAAUGUACUAAUUUUAGUUCCUGUAUAUGCUAAAAUAAUUCCCCUGUGUUCCUUUUAAGGCAAUCUGUCAAAGCUUUCGGAUCGACAAAGAAUUUCAAAAUUUUGUUCUACCCUGCCUUGUAAGGAAUGGACUACGUAUUGGAAAGAGUUGUCAAGUUUCAAUUCAACUUUAAAACUCUCUUAAAAUUAAUUUUAAAGCUUCAUUGGUCUUUAAUGGAAAGUGAUGUUUACGAGACUAUUAGUCAACGACAAUUUUUAUAUAAUGGAUAUGACCCUUCCGAAAUUGAUAAAAAUGAGGAAGAUGAUGGAUUCCAACGAUUGUGUAGGUAG